ACAAGUACAACCCAUAACAAAAAAAAAAAAAAAAGAAAAAAAAAGCUUCCUCAACGUCCGUUCCAGCUCCACCUCUCACAUUCUGAUUUCUCAGACUCAGAGAGAGAGAGAAAGAAACGAAACGUCGUUUUAGGCAGCAAAACCUUUCGAUUCCAAAAAUGGCUUCCUUCGACGACGACCUGAACGCUCCGAACCGCCAUUUCGAGGACACCGACGACGUCGUCGUCGUCGAGAGCUUCUCCGGCUACGAUUCCUUCUCGAGCUUCCCCGCCGAACAACCUUCUCAUCACUCCGACGAGUUCGUCGCCGUCGAUCCCCACUCCGCUGCCGUGCCUCCGCCGGGAGUCUUCGGCUUCGAAGAUCCGAGCCCUAACUACUCCGAAUCGUCUCCCUUCGGCUCGAUCCACGUCGAGAACGGCAAUGGAAACGGAAAUGGAUAUUCCUACGGCGUUGGUGAGAGCGACGGAGUUUUCGCCUCUGACGGUCCCGUCCUCCCGCCGCCGACCGAGAUGGAGGCCGAGGAAGGCUUUGCUCUUCGCGAAUGGAGGCGUCAAAAUGCCAUUCAGCUUGAGGAGAAGGAGAAGCUGGAAAAAGAAAUGAGAAACAAGAUCAUUGAGGAAGCUGAGGAGUACAUACAAGCUUUCUAUGAGAAAAGAAAGCUUAAUGUUGAGACUAACAAGACUAACAACAGAGAAAAGGAGAAGUUGUACCUGGCUAAUCAAGAGAAGUUCCAUAAAGAGGCAGACAAGCAAUAUUGGAAAGCUAUAGCAGAACUUAUUCCUUACGAGGUUCCUAAUAUUGAGAAGAGGAGGGGCAAGAAAGAUCAGGAGAAGAAGCCAUCGAUCACGGUCAUCCAGGGUCCGAAGCCCGGAAAACCCACUGAUCUUUCACGAAUGAGGCAAAUACUUGUGAAGUUGAAGCAUACACCCCCACCUCACAUGAUUCCAUCCCCACCUGCUCCUAAGGAUGCCAAAGAUGGUAAGGGCGCGAAAGAUGCCAAAGAUGGAAAGGAUGCAGCAACUGGAAAAACUGGGUCCGCAGCAGGCGAUGCACAGGCUUCACCAGCUAAGGAUGUCACCUCUAAACAAGAAGCUCCUGCUUCAACCGAUGGUCAGCCUGCCGCUUAAAAUGGAAGCAUUCAUACAAGUUCUUUCUAUGUUCUUAUCAAUCUCAUUCUCAGGCUAAUUUCUUAUCAAUUGCCGUCUCGUCAUAUUAUUUGUUAUUCGUAAUUACUAUCUUGUAAUCUUUUGGGGCUUCCAUUGCUAUCAGGUAUUUAGUUUGGAAGGGUUUUUAUACACAUUUGUUUGGCUUUAUUUUAUU